AUGACCUGGGGAAAUCACAGUACUACUACGGAGUUCAUCCUCAUUGGGUUAUCUGGUGGUCCCAAGAUCCAAGCUUUGCUCUUUGUGUUGUUCCUGGGAAUUUACCUCCAGACGCUGAUGGGGAACCUGCUGAUGUUACUGAUAAUCUGGGUGGAUGUUCACCUCCAUACACCUAUGUACAUCUUCCUGAGCCACCUCUCUUUUCUAGAUCUUUGCUUCUCUUCUACCACAGUGCCCAAACUGCUGGAGAAUCUCCUGUCUCAAAGGAAGACCAUCUCUGUGGGAGGCUGCUUAGCUCAAGUCUUCUUUCUGUAUGAUACUGGAGGCACUGAGGCCUGCCUACUUGCGGUAAUGGCUUAUGACCGUUAUGUUGCCAUCUGUCACCCUCUACUCUAUGGUCAGAUGAUGAAUAACCACAUCUGUAAGUGGAUGGCCUGGGGGUCCUGGAGUCUAGGCUUCCUGGAUGCAUUUAUCAACAUACUUCUAGCUUUGAAUUUGGAUUUCUGUGGGGAUAAAUUCAUCCCUCACUACAGCUGUGAGCUGCCCUCACUCUUUCCUCUCUCCUGCUCUGAUGUCUCCACCAAUUUUACUGUUAUGCUCUGCUCUACUCUCUUGCAUGGGCUUGGAACCUGUGUCCUCAUCAUUUUCUCCUACUCUCUCAUUGUCUCCACCAUCCUGGGCAUCAGCUCUUCCACAGGCAGAAGCAAGACAUUUUCUACCUGUUCCUCUCAUCUCAUUGCAGUACUCCUAUUUUACGGCUCAGCUUUCCUUCGCUAUGCCAUGCCAAACUCGGAUUCACCGCUGGAAUUGAUCUUCUCAGUGCAGUACAGUGUGAUCACUCCCUUAGUGAACCCUCUCAUUUACAGCCUGAAAAAUAAUGAGGUAAAAGCAGCUUUAAGAAGGACCUUGAAAAAAAUAUCUUCAACAUUUCCAAGUAGCUGA